GAGGGGAAUUAUCAUUCACCUCACCUGAAGUCUCAUCAUGGCCGAAGUGGACGAGAGUCAGUUUUCUCUGUUGAGUCUGGAGGAUGAGCUGACCUGCAGCAUCUGUCUGAGUACCUUUGACUGUCCGGUGACCAUCCCCUGCGGACACAACUUCUGCCAGGACUGCCUCCUCGCCACCUGGAAGGAGUCCUACAGCUGCCCCCAGUGUCGGACCCACUUCGCCACCAAACCCGAGCUGAAGAAGAACACGGUCCUCAGCACCGUGGUGCAGACCUUCAACUUGAGGUCGACCAAGAGCGAGGCCAGCCCGGCCGAAGAGGAGAGCAAGGCCAAGAAAGAGGAAGUCAUACGCUGUGAUGCCUGCAUGGAAGCAGAAGCAUCGCAGACCUGCCUUACCUGCAUGGCCUCUUUCUGUGAGGAGCACCUGCGCCCUCACCGGGAAAACCCAAUUUUCCGUCUCCACCAGCUGAGUGAGCCUGUCGGCGACCUGUUGGAGCGUAUCUGCCCGGACCACCACAAGAUGAUGGAGUUCUUCUGCACCCAACAUGGCCGACCAAUCUGCAGCCUCUGCCUCCAACAAGUCCACAAAGGCUGCCCCUUCAUGUCCCAUGAGGAGCAGAGGAACAUGAAAGAGUCUGACCUGAGAGGCAAGUUGGGUUUGCUGGAUGGGAAGAUCACCAAUAAUGUGGCUGUUAUGUCUCAAAUGAGGGACAUGCAGAACCAGCUGAAGGACUCCGCGACCAACAGGAAGAAAGCUUUGUCAGCUGAGUAUCAGCAGAUGCGGGAUAUGUUGGCCCGAGAUGAGCGUGAGGCUCUGAGUGCAGUUGACCGCGAACUGCAGAGUGGUCAGACCAAACUGAACGGUCUCACAAAGAGGUUCACUGAGAACAUUGAUAGUAUGAGUAAAGCUAAAGAAGAUAUCCACAGUCUGCUGAGUCAGUCCCAAACUCUGGCCUUCCUACAGGCCUCAUUUGACCUGCCCCAAGCUGCGAGCUUUGACCCUCACACCCCUCGAAUCAGCCUGGACUCCAAGAAGGUCACAGCAACACAGGGCUUUGCUGCUGCCCUGAAGGAGUAUCUGACAGAGCUCCUUAAACAGCCUGUUGAGGCCAGACUGCUGACGCUUAAACCAGGUGAAUGUGCAGGGGAAAAAGCAGCUCCUGCUCCAGGACCUGAACGUACUGGAUCUCAGCCGAAAUCUGAAGAGUCUCAAAAGCAGAAAGCAAAGCCCAGGUCCCACAGUCCAGGUCGUCCACCCAUCCAGCCAUUGAUCCGACCACCUGGACCUGUUUAUAUGGGACAACUUGGAGGCUGGAAUACAUCCCAGUAUACACGUGAUCUCAACAUGGGCGUUUUUGCAACUGGCAUAAGAGCAGCUUCUGUCUCAGGAUUUACAUUCUCUGAGCCGCAAUGGGCUUUUCCAGGGCAGGUUAGACUUCCCAGGCCCUGCAGUCCAGAUCCAGGUUCUCAACCCAAAGUAGGCCAAAAGAAGAAGAAAGAAAAGCAAACCAAAAAAGCCCAAUCCACAGGAAACGAUAAGGCCCGUUCAAUGGAAAACCUGUUGUCGUUAGAGGGGAAAGGUGAACCUGCAGCUGAGCCAGAAACUUCAGACAUUCCCCCAAACAUAACAUCUGCGGAAAAAAGAAGCGAACUUUUGAAAUAUGGAACUGUACUCACUUUGGAUCCGAAGACGGCCCACAAACGUAUCACACUGAGUGAAGGCUUCACUAAAGCCUCUGUGUCAGAUGAACACACAAACUACCCUGACUGCCCUGAACGCUUCGCUGUCUGCUCCCAGGUGCUCACCUCUAAGGGUUUUUCUAGAGGACGCCAUUACUGGGAAGUCCGACUGAGCAGCAGCAACUUCAUUGGCAUUGGCUUGGCUUACAACAGCAUUGACCGCAAAGGUCCGACCAGUCGACUGGGUCGUAACGCCCAGUCCUGGUGUGUAGAGUGGUUUAACGUCAAGCUGUCAGCCUGGCAUAAUAGCAGUGAGACCGUGCUGGUCAAUCCCAAUCCAAAGCGCAUAGGUGUGCUGUUGGAUUGUGAGGGGGGCACUGCUACGUUCUAUAACGUGGCAGACAGGGCAUAUCCCUUCCACUCAUUUGUGUUCCCCUUUGCUGCAGCUGUGUAUCCAGCUUUCUGGAUUUUCUCAAGUGGCUCCUCCAUUUCUUUGUGCAAGCUGCAGGCAUGAGGAGCAUUUUCACAGAAAUGGCAUAUGCAGGCACACACACAGAUGUCAGCCAUUUCUCCUAAUUACUAUCAUUAAUAAAUGAAAAGAAAACUUUCCAAGUUUUAUUUGUAAAGCCAGUUCUGAAUAUUUGUAACAUUGGUUAAAAAAUAUGUGGCUGACCAAUUAUAUCCCCCAGCUAACUGCUUUGUGUUGACUUUGUUUAAAAUGUUGUACAGUUGCAACUAAAUGGCACUUUGUGUUGUUUGGAUGGGUCAGGUGAAACAAUGAGCAUCCCACUGUUAGUGUUUUACUGCUAAGUAACUUUCUGUUAGGUCUGCUUUAAACCAAAAAUAAUGAAGGAACAGAUGGUUCUUCUACACCUGCCUUAGAAUAAAGCAGACAUCUUGCAGUGUCACAACUGGAUGGCUUGCCAUAGCUGAUGUACAAUAACUGCUGUUGUUGGAUAUGCUAGCUGUGAUUUACUGCUGAAUUUGUGGUUAUGUGACUACAGCAAUGAAGCUGGCUAUCAGAAGCCAGGGAAAAGCAUUAUACCAUGUGUGUAUAAACUGCAUCGCAGGUGAUUAUGAUGCACAUAUGUAUCCUAAUCACUACAUUUUUAAAAACAAGAUCAAACUUUGAUUUCUGCAAUUAUUUGCAGAAGGAAUAAAAAGAAUACUGUUUGAUGGUGAAAGAGGAGCAGGAUAAAUAAUCAGGCACUGAGUAAGAGACCAACAACUGAAGUAAAAAGUCAGUCACUUUCAGCAAGCUGCCUUGAUGGGAUGAAGCUGGGAGCAGUGGUAGCUGGGUUUCCUUGUGUUGGUUUAAAUUUUCAGAGAUCUGAUCUGCUUCCUCCUCACUCCAGAUUUAAAACAGAAUACAUAACACACACUGUACACAUAGUGCACAGCUUGUGUGUCUCCUGUAUUAACUACAUAUUUUUUUUUAUUGUACACUGUCAAAGAGUUAAGACAGGGGAAAUAAGUGAUAGUCUCCAGCAUAGUGUAUCAGUAGUGUGUUAUGAUAUGAAGUCUACAUGUGGAAAUUGUUUGGAGUUUGUUGGAGCGUAGCUGUUGAGGUUAUAGGGCUGGGUGAUAUGGCACAACCUUUUCCCCUCAGUAUUUGUCUAAUGAAUCCUUUCUGGUGAUUAUAAAAUCAUUAAGAAGUAUUCGGGCUGCAAUCACACAAUCUUAAUUCUUGUUAUAACUCUUUGUAAAUCCCACAUGUUUCUUUCUUUACUGACAUGCAGAAGUUUCCUUUGAAGGAGUGCUCACAUAUUCCAUGCAUCUGUCCCACUUUAACAAACCAUAGCAUGCAGUGUUGAGUUAACUCAACCAAUGCUGUUGAAAUGGGAUGUCUGUUCCCAGAAGAUUGCCAGGUGAUUGGCUAGGAAUGGACUUGGAGAUGUGACUGGCUUUCCAUUGUACAUCGGCAGUGUACCUUUUAUGGACAAUGUAUUGAAGCUCCUCGUUUUCAUGUCGUAGAAUUAAUUUUUUGUUUCACCCGGCACUAUAUGGUAACAACAGUUUGAGGGAUUCGUCUGGGAACAGAUGUCAUAGGCUCUGUUUUCAUUAAGAUCAAAAGAGUCUCUUUUCCUUUUGUGAUCAUUGUUUUUGGUUGAGUUUGAGCCAGGAAAUAAUGGGAGAGAGAAAACGAUGACAUGCAGCAAUGGUCCUUGGCCAGAUUUAAACCUGGGAUGUCAUGCUUGCAUGGUAUGCCCCAUAGAAAUAAAAUCCUAUAAUUUUAUAUUUAUGGUAGGCACAUUAAAACAACAAGCCAUCAGAAUGCUCUGUUGGCUUUUCCUAAGGUGGUAGUAAGCUGUAGCCUGUAUCUUCACAGGGGUAAAUUAUUUGUUGUGUAAUACAACGUUUACUCCGACCUAUAAGAUGCGUUUGCUGAGGUACACUGGUGACAUUAGUUACAGUGGUUCAUUUACUGGUGUGGUACUACUGGAGAACAUUAGUGGUUUGCCAGUGUGCAUACUCACAACAUACAGUACAUCAGCAGUGAAGUUGGCGGUCUAAACACGGCUCUCCUUGUUGUUCUUUGACAGAGGUAGCCUAAGCGCUAACCUUGCAUUUAAGGAGUUCAGAGAACACUAUUAACUGAUAAGCUGGUAAAGGUUCAGACAUGACUGUGUCAAAGAUUUCUCAGGCAGUUCUGCCAAUGCACUUCAGGUACGGACCUUUUAUUUUUAGGUUAUGUGCCGAUAUUUGAAGGUAUGGUACACCACUGCAUGUAAAGUCUGAACCUGUUGAGUGAAAUCUGCCGUUUUCGCUCUUUACUAUUGCCUAUCAUCACAAUGGAGAAUUGUGGCUUGCGAUACAUAGCUUUGUGAAACGAUUGAGAGCUUAUCCAUACCACAAUGAGUGCCCAAGUACUGAUACUGUGUUGAGACUUGUUUACUCUUACUACCAAGUUUAAAUAACGCAAUGGGUGUGUGUAUGCUUAAAAAAAGAAGAAUUUAUUCCAUGUAACAUUUGACUUCAUUUCUUGGGGCUUCUGUUUGGCUGCAGCAUAUCUUAGAUCAGCCUCAGACUCCAGUGGUUUGCAGAUCAUUUUGUUUGUGAAGUGCUGUUUGUUCAAGUGAAUUGCUCAUUGUUCUUUGCAUCUAUUUUCAAGUGUAAUUCUGGAUUUUACUUUGUAAAAACUACACUGACAAAAGUUAACAUCAAACCAACCUUUGUGUAAAGCUUUAAUGUUCACUUGUUCAGUGUUUAGGAUUUAGCUAAAUGAUAGUGAAGUGCUGGUUAGUACAUUAUGACAUAUCUUCAGUGUACACAGUGGAGAAUGAAUGGAUGAACUUAUUUGUCAUUGCCUUUAAAGUUAUUAAGAUUAUU